AAAAAUGAUGGUCAGUUCACAGUAAUCCAGCUGGUUGGUAUGCUGCGGGGCAUUGCAUCUGGCAUGAGAUAUCUGUCAGACAUGGGCUACGUCCACCGUGAUCUAGCAGCUCGUAACAUCCUUGUCAACAGUAACCUCGUGUGCAAAGUGUCUGAUUUUGGACUGUCCAGAGUAUUGGAAGAUGACCCAGAGGCUGCAUAUACCACAAGGGGUGGGAAGAUUCCCAUUCGCUGGACAGCUCCUGAGGCAAUCGCUUACAGGAAGUUCACCUCAGCGAGCGAUGUGUGGAGCUAUGGGAUCGUCAUGUGGGAGGUGAUGUCAUACGGAGAGAGACCCUACUGGGAGAUGUCUAAUCAAGAUGUAAUAAAAGCAGUGGAAGAGAACUACAGGUUGCCCGGUCCCAUGGACUGCCCGGAGGCCCUGUACCACCUAAUGAUGGACUGCUGGCAGCGGGAACGCACCAACCGCCCAAAGUUUGAUGAGAUCGUUUGUCUACUUGACAAACUUAUUCGCAACCCCAGCUCUUUAAAAAAGUUGGUCAACUCCUCACACAGGGUUUCCAACUUGUUAGUGGAGCAUGCAAGUGCAGAUGGGGACUGCAGCGCUCGAACCAAGACAGUUGGAGAGUGGCUUGACUCGAUAAAGAUGGGCCGCUACACGGAACUCUUCCUGGAGGGAGGCUACUCCUCUCUGGAAACAGUGACUCAGAUGACAUCAGAAGAUCUGAGAAGAGUAGGAGUGAACUUGGCUGGACACCAGAAAAAAAUUAUCACAAGUAUUCAGGAGAUGAGAGUCCAUAUGAACAACACCAACUCUACUGUAAACAUCUGACGCGUUUGUACAGGCAUGCACUUCUAUACAUCCAUAUGCACUCUUACCUAAAAAAAAAUAAUAAAAAUUAAAAAAAUAAGUGGACCUAGCAUGUAAUCAAAGAACUGUUGGACCUAAAACGGCAUAGCACUUUUUGCAGACAAGGAAACCUAGUGUUCUAAGGAUCUACACGUGAUGAUCUGCUUCUUGGUGGGUUUUGUGUGUGGAGAUCGCUCGUGGUGUCUCUGGAGGUUUAUCACAUUGCAGCUAAAUGAACCCAAAUGGAACUGAACUAAGUGGUGCCACAUGGAAGACCGAGGACGGCGAACUAAACUUGACUUCAAGGGAUGCUUUUCGGACAAAAUGAUCCCAAUUUUGUGAAUUUUAGGAAUUCUUACAUCGUUUGCACUCUUUGGAUUCUCUCUGAUCAAACGUGAAACUGAAGACCGGGCCUUUUUGUUGGCUGUAUCGUAACAGGAAUUUCUUACAGUUGGCUCAGACUGAAAUUUUUUUAAACCUGUCUCAGGUCAGCUGAGCCUAGCUGGUGUGAUCAGAACUGGCUUAUUUGCUAUCAAGUACUUAAGGUUUUAGGAGUCACUGAACUGAAUACUGACCAUUUACAGGCAGGGUAAACAAAAUCAUAUGUCUCAUUCCUUUGUUGCUGUGUUGAAGUGUUUUGGGCUUUUUAUUAUUUAAAUGUCUUUGGUAAAUUUUUAAUGCUACACAAGCUUCAGUUCUUCAGUAGAACUAAUUUUACUGCUUGAACUUCAGUAGUAAAAUUAGACAGCAGUUGUCAUAUACUUUAUUAUCCUUCAAAGUAAUGCAAUAUAGUAAAGAAUUAAAUAUUUGUCAAUUAAAGAUUAAAAAUCUCACAGCUGGGUCUUAUUAAGGCAGUUAGUGAGGUUACAAAUGGCCGGUUAUUUAGGCAUUAGAAUUAUCUGUGGAAAUAGUCCUUCCUUCCUGGCUGAAUGUAUAACUUUAGUAGAAUGUGGCAAUAAUUAUUCUGGUCCUUAAAACCAGCUUCUGAAUGAAGCCAUAGAUUGUAAAUCUUAAAGGAUCUUCACUAAGACCUAGAAGGUUUUUGUCUGAACAUCGUCCUGCUGUUAUCUCUAACCCACAGCUGAUUUAUUAACCUGGUGUUUUAUGUYUACAUUUGAGGGGAAACAUUCACUCGGUUCACAUUUUGUUGAAGAAAAUUCACUGAAAUGUCUGUCAGUCUUGACGGCAUGCCAUUGUUCAUCUAUUAAUAGAACUGCCUCUCAGAAUCCGGAUGAUCUUUUUUUAUUUUUUAUUUUUUUGUCAUGAAAAUCUAAUCAGAUCAUUUACAUGUAUUUCUAUAGAACCUCUGCAUGGAUUCCGAAGCAGCCUUCAUCAGCCAGGUCAAGAGUGCGCUCAGAUCUCUGUUGAGCCUUCUUUUAGAACUAACAACCUUCAGGUAUCACGACAAACCAUCAGCGACCCGUUCAGUUCAUUGUGCCACAACGUAUCUUUUGUACAGACGUGAGCCGCACCACAACAAACCUCACUCUGACAGGACUUCUUAGAGAAACAAAGAAGGCAAUAUUUAAGAACUUGAUAAUCAGCCGUUUAUUUUUACCUGUUUUAAAAAGAAAAAAAAUCCAAAAGUUAUGUGGACAUUUUAUGUUUUCUUAUAGUAAUUUCUAUUGGACUACUGAGCAUCUCUGCCUAUAUGUUGUUUAUGUAUAUAAUGUAUUAUAUAUUUAAAGCAGGGAGCAUUGAUCUUCUGUCUAGCAUCAAACAAGUAUAGUAUUGAUAUUGAUCAUUCACCUCAGAGUAGUACACAUAAGUAAAUUGUGACAAAUAUUUUAAAUCUGCAUUUCUACAACUCCUGGACUUCUAAGUGAGGGCAACAAGCACAUUUGUCCCCAGAUAAGGGUCCCCAAAAYGAUAUGGAUAAAAAGGCAGAUAUUCCUGUUUAUGUUGUAGGUGAUUGUGUUUAAAGUGGAAUAUUUUCACUGACCCCCUAAUGAGACGACUAGCUUUGCUACAAGUACUGUAUGUAAUUAAGGAUGCACAAGGACUCAUUAGUUUCUCUUUUGUUGUGUGGUUUCAAAGCAAACAAUGAUGUCAGUAAUCAAGCUUGUUAGUUUUUAUUUAUUUUUCUUUAUUUUUUUAGAAGGGCAUGGAAUGAUUUCUGUUCUGUGAUUUUGUUAAAAUUUGGCCAUUUAGACAGCCACCUAAGCAGUAAGGUCUUGCAUUAUGUCAUUCUUUGCAGAUGACUUGCUCGUGUUUGGUGAGGGAGGCUAUGUACAUAAAUGUAGAAACUUGGGACAUUAACAUAGAAAUAAUAACAGAUUGUAAAGAUUUCCUUUAAAAGUGGCAGCACUUGAUCUUAUGAAAAGCACACAAGAAGAAUGUAAGGUUUGAAAGGAGUUUUCCACUUUGUCCAAGAGCAUGUUCCGAUUUUAAGCACUCAUGCUUGCAGGUCAAGAUUUAGUCAUAACUUGCUGUACUUGUUCUUUUUGUUUUGUUUUUGUUUGGCUCUAAAUACCAUACUCAAUUGAAUGUAAGAGGCAUUUAUCACAUUUAAAUUCUGCAAGGGUUCAUUUUAGGCGUAGAAAUAUUCUGAGUAAAUGUUUUAAGAUAUUCUUCAACUUGUAAAUUAAUAAAGCUUACGUUUUACUUUUAACUGUCACAGAAUAGAAGGCAUUUAAAAACAGAUUUUUUUUCCAUUUCAUUUAAACAUCUUUUUUAUUGAAGCAGCUGUCAUUUCAAUUAAUAGGAAUAUAACAAAUGCAGUAAAGCUACCCAUGUAGACUAUUGUGGCUAUGCAGAAGUAUUUAAUGUGGCAGGGGAAUGCAUCAGAAAACAGGUAUGUACAGGAAAGCAAAAUUACUGUCGGGUGCCUAAAUUAACAACCAGCAUAAUCUCAGUAAAAUAUAUCCAGUCAAAACAAAUACAUUAAGGUAUGUCAGUUCCACAAUGUUUUGAUUGUUACCAAAUUCUAUGUUAUUAGCUGUUUGACAACCACUCUUCCCAGUUUAACUUUCUACUUCAAAUCAGUGUGAGGCAUGGACAAUUGGUGAAUAAUACACCAUUACAAGUGCCUCGCAUCUUCUAAGCACCGUUGUUUCUUCCCCUGUCAAACGCCCUAAUCGUGCUCCAACUUUAUAUAAACUCUGCCAACAAUGUCUUCAGGCAAUAAGAAGAAUGUCAGACAAUGUGUAUGUUGGAACUAAUUUAAUUUGCACUUUAUUAGGAAUUUAUGGCUCUUUUGUUUGACUAGCAUGUGACUUUUUUUAAUUUUAAUUAUUAUUUGCUAUGUAAUUAUUGUGUUUAUUUAUGAUGAUUAUAUCACUUCAAACUGUUAGUGCUUCCCAUGCCAUAAAAUUAUGUGGCUAAGCACAAAGAGGAGGUAAUAUUUUUUUCUUGAGGUAAUUAAUAAACAUUGAUGCAAAAGCACUGUUUUUUCUUGGCACACCUUCAGGAUGUAAGCACAUGGUUUACCCAUUGACAUGCAAGGGAAUGAUGGGUCUAUUACUGGAACCUGGAAAUUUGGAUUCCACAUCUCUGGUGUGCAGAAUCUGGUUACAAAAAUAAAAAUAAACAUU